UCUGUUUCCAAUCGGCUAACGUCAUAGUCACGCCUGUCACAAUUCAUUAACCGCGUCACACCCAUCUCGCGGACUCGGACUCGGGCUGCUUCACUUACAACGGCCAUGGCAGCACCAGAGACGAGCGGCGCACAGACGAAUGGCACACAGUCUACCCAGCCUCGCAGCGCUCUCGACGCGGACAUAGCCCUCCUUCAAUCUCUUCUUUCUCAAGAACACAAUGACGAGCCCGAGUCUGAUCUUGACGUCGCGGAGAUCCUCAAGCGGCUCGAAACAGCAGACGGCAUCGCUGCGGGCCUGGAGAGCCGCCUGGACGGCAUCAUGGGCAGUAUCGAUUCGAUGCUCGGAGCUUUGGAACCGGCAUGUCGAGCACGAGUCGGCCGUGGUGGGCCAGGGCGAUGUUGCUGUGGAGGCAGCGCGCGUAGUGACAACGGAUCGGCCGGAGGAGGGCGAGCAGAAGUGAGAACGCUGCAUGGUUUGAGUCCGCUGGGACUACCGAUCAACAAGAGUGCUUCCCCGUGUUGGGCUUCAGGGAACGACUCGUCUGGGGUGACCCUGAGUCCAUCAGCACGGACAUCGCGUCCACGGAGGCGAGCCCGCCUGACGGUUCACCGGAUGAUCAGAGACAUCGCGGUUGUAUGCUGGCCAUCGAAAGGAACGCCGCUACUUCGAGCAACUGCAAGGUGCGGUAGUGGGUUGGGUAUGCCUUGGCGUUGUAUCUUGUGUCAAGGUACUAUACAUUCCAUAGCGGCGAUGCAACGUGCUGUCGGCCAUGUGCCUAGUCUCCAUGUUGUGAGCGAAUCGUGCUCUUCGCGCUCACCGUGCGUCUACAUUCCCGACUUUGCCGUGUUGUUUGCCUCCAAACUUGACCCCCGAAGUUCUCCUGUAUCCUUGUACCCUUCCGAUUCAUCCUGAAUCGAUCUAAGAAACAAAAUCAUGCCAACCGCAGGGCUCAAUCUUGCAACCAUCGCGC